AUGACAACACUGUCCGUUGUACCUCGGAAGCAAUGUGUUCCCAUCAUGUGCGAACGCUCAACGGGCGGCGCGUACUGGUGCAACGACUCAGACAACACCAAGACAGCGUUGUGGAGAGAGCUGACUGAAUACGCUGGUCAGGUGUUUAUCCAGUGCAUGAUUGGCAUACGUUCCUCCGGGCAGACACAGUUUGACGACGAAUCUCGCAUCAUCGUCACCGAUCCACGCGGGCAAGGGUGCAAUUUGAGUUACGACACGACGCUGGAGACGCGGGGCAAAUACACGGGAAUCUGGCCCGAAGACCUAGAGGACCCUUACAGACGUGCCGCUCAGGUUCAGCACACCAAACGACAGCUUUUGCCACUUGUCAAUCCUCCAGCGGGGACAUCUGGCCUCAUGAGCAGUACCCCGACUGAGAUCUCUCAAUCCCCGGAGUAUGAAUGCUCCUCUGUUGUCGGCCGUCUAGCCGACUUUGGAGAUGCCAGGGGUGUGUGGAACAACGCCAUGCAAGAGUACAAAGAUGGGAAGAUGUGUACGCUGUGA